AUUGUUUUGGUUUUUGUGAUUUUUGGAUUAUUUAAGAGCAAGAUGAAAAUCUUGAAACAGAAUUAAAAAAUAUUCAUGAAAAUCAAAAUGAUGGAUGAAGAUGAUUCCACAGGGAACUUGGAAUCACAAAUUGUUGGGACAUGCAUAUUACCUGUGACGACAAAUUAGAUUUUUAGUUUUGGGUAUUGGAGUCGUGUGGAUCUUUGUUAUGAACUGAGAUAUAUUUUUUUUUGGUUCUAAUUUCUGUUUACAUUGCAUUAAACCAACUCGGCCGCUUUGAGUUUGCCAGAACUUAAAAAUAUCUAGAUAAUGCCCUCCGAGUCUCCGUCAUGUAAUUUAAUAUUAGGUAAAAUUCCAUUCUUGUGAUGCCAAGACAAGGAGGAUGGCGAUAGAAACAAAAGAAAGUUGAGUUCCAAUGUAAUGACAAAGUUGGGAACAAAAUACCAUAUGUUUUAAACGCAAUUCUGUUCCUUCACAAGUUCACAACUCAAAAAUUACAAUUGCAAAGAGUAGAAAGAAAAAGAAAAGAUAUGGAUGGAAUGGGUGGUGGUAACAAGAUGCAAAUGACAUUCUACUGGGGUAUGGCUACGGAAAUUUUGUUUAAAGGAUGGCCAGGCCAUCAAACAGGUAUGUAUGUAUUAGCUUUGGUAAUUAUCUUUGCGCUUGCAAUGUUUGUUGAGUUUCUUGCAUACAUGGAAUUCGAUACUGCAGCUGUGAAGCAUGGUAUUGGUGUUGGAUUACUUUACUUUGUCAUGCUUGCUGUCAUGACCUUCAAUAUUGGUGUCCUCAUAGCAGCAGUGUCUGGUCAUGCGCUUGGGUUCUUUUUCUUCGGCAGUCAGACGAUUUCACCAGUUAAUCCCGAAGUAUAAAGAAGACUGAUACCGUGUAUUUCUCAAUAUAAGGGUGCUGGUGCUUAUGUUUCAUGUAACUGCAAUAAUCAUGCUUGUUCAGUUUUUUGUUUCUCAAUAUGUAAGGUG